UUAAGAGCCCUCCGUGCCACUCGACUGUCGGAGCCUCGUGUGUGUUUUAUGGGCAUCAGCUGUCAUCGGUGCUGAAUAGAACGAGGACAUCUUUUCCGUCACAUCAGAGGGAUUAGAUGAAGAGACAUUCUUUUUUUUCUUCUCCUUUGCGAUCAUCUCAGAACGAAGGAAUGCGGAAUGGGGAGAAGAUGCAAGUUAGGAUGACAAAACUGAUCACUUGUGAGGAACUCUCCGGGAAAACACCAAUUAUUCAAAGCUGGAAGCUCAGAGACAGAAUUUGUUACUAUUCCGGACACUUUUUUAAACAAUGACAGAACCCACUGCUCAGAUGGUGCGUUCAAAUACUUCACCCAACCCAGCCAUUCAAUCUUUAUCGCCUACACUUGAUCAGAACAACUUCAGAAGAGUUAGGCGCACGGAAGACAGCGCUCCCUAUCCUAUUCCUGGACUCGCCACAAAAUUUCUCCACAUGCGAGUGAGAGAAGGAAGCAAGAUUCGCAAUUUGCUGCGGUUCGCAACAGCUCGGAUGCAAGGCGAGGGCCAAGACAGCUACCAAGGGUCUCCGAGACAGGUGGUCUUCACUGGCUCGGACAGAGGGGUCACCAAGACGAUCACCUGUGUGGAGAUCCUCAAACGGAAAGUGGAAGGGCUCCACCAGGUGUCCAAGCUCUACUACACGACCGUGGAUGAGGUGUGGGAAGGAUCACAACACGGAGGGCCAGCUAUAACCAUGCAGAGGACAGUCCCUGCCAUCUGUAUCCUGCUCUCCAAAGACCCUCUCAAUCCCCAGGAGCCCGGAUACCAGCCUCCCCAAUCAGCCAGCGCUCCCACAGAGGGUACGGGGAUAUGCAAAGGCGCGCUCAGAUCUCCUCAUUGCCCCACGUCAGCCAAGAGACUCUGCCUGGAAGACCUGAGCAAAUAUGCGCCAUGAUCUCCAAAGCUGUGCCUCCAAACAGAUUUCUGUCCAGUGCAGUUCCCACUAUGGUGGCGUGAAGGGAUUUUUUUUUGUGCUCAAUAUCAAGAAAGUAACUUGGGCAAUGGGUAUGUUGAGAGGUUAAUUUGUGAAACUACUCUAUGUGGAGAUUCAUUUGUUCAAUUUACCAAAUAUAAUCCUUCACCUUUUCGUAUGUCCAAUAAUGCGUGUGCAAUGACUGUGUACGAACAGACGUUUGGGGACCCAGGGCAAACCUUGCAAUGACGCCCUCCACAUCUGUGCACUGAAAAUUUUGAAUAUUAAUGUUUAUCAUAAACUAAAAAGUGUGAAUUCAAGAACAUUUUCCUAUUUCCUGAGCUUGAUAAAGCUAUUAUCUGACAAGUGAAUCAUCUCAACACGUUUGCUGCAUUGGAUAAGAACAAUAUUCAACAUUGAGGAAAUGUCCACAUGGAAACGGCACCAAUCUGUUUCUUUUUCAUUUUGAAAAAGUAUCGUGUAAACACAGAAGCAUUUUAAGAAGUGUGCCCACACAAAAACACUGAUACACUGUAUAAUUGUAUAAUAAUGUAUAUGUAAGGCUUCUUUUUUCUCACAUGCCAACAAGCUUGUUUUGCUACUCUCUUCCUGAAUCAAGUCUGCAUAUGUGCAGUAAGAAGAUGGAAUAGUCCAUUGCAUGCGAUGGGAGGGGAGCACACAUUAUGAUCAUGAUUGGUUAAGCAUUUUGAUGUGCUUUUAAGUGUGAGAAUUAAGACUAAAACAAUAAAAGACGCUUUGAAUCAAAGUUAACUUGAUUGAUAGGUUUUUAUGAGCUGUUUGGGGGCCCCGAGAUUUGCAAUUGCCUAAAGGUUGAGUCGCCCCUGUGUGCUAACAAGAACUUUUUUCUACAACACGCACCGACAUCAUGACUCUGGUGUCAAUGUUGUAACACUUGUGGCAGUAUGGCAUACGGUACGUUACGUCCUCCCCCCCAGUAUCCCCUUCUUGGAAUUUGUCCAAGUGAUUUAAAGGAAAACGAGUUUAC